AUGAAUUGGUCCUGCUUUGUUUGUCUGGUCCUUGUCUCACUGGUUUGGCAAUGUCCAGUGAUUUACAGCAGCCCACUGACUACGACUCCAGAUACAGUCUCUCAACCAGAUGUGGACUGUCCUUCCAGCUGUGUGUUAGCGCUUCCUAACGGUCCAUCAACAAUUAAAGACAUUGUGGAUCAGGAAGGGCUGAACAUGACUUCAAGAAAACUGAAUCCUAUAUUUUAUGAAGCAUCGCGGGCAGGCCAUGCCAUCCAACACUACAUCAACACCAUCUACGGCUCUCCGUUCAGGCUGUAUGCGGUGACCCAAAUCCACAAUGCAAGAACAGAGGACAUGGGUGAAUCUGGGAUGAAAUACAUCGUUGAAUUCUCAGUGAAGGACACAGUCGGAGAGAGUUCAGAAGGCCGGUGUUCUGCUGAGGUCCUCUACCCCAGAGGGGAGACGCAGCGUCCACCUCAGGUCCAGUGCUCUUGUGAUGGGCUACCUCGUCUCAACACCUCUGAUAAGGAGCAGGAAUUCUACCAGCAAUACAGAGCCAAUAGUAAUGUAACUGCAAACGAUUUACCAGACAGCUACGGUCACAUGGAGCCUGAUAUGGUCCCUUUCUGGAACUUGGGACGCUUGGUUGCUAGCUUUGUCAUGCUUAACCAGUCCAAUGAAAACACGCUCUACAACUUGGCUCAAGUGUCCAAGCUCCAGCAGCUGAAGAGCGAAGACGACCAGCUAAAUUUCGAGUACGAGGUUCUCCUUCAUGAAAUGGUUUCGCAGGAGAUAAUCCGUUGGAAGCUUCUAAUCGCCUGGUCUCCAGCAAAAAGUGUAAAAGUGUUAGAAAGUGAACUGCUGCCACGAUGCCGGUGCAACUAAAACCCUCAAGCUUUUCCUAAAUCACUAGUAAAAUUAAUAUCCACUUAAUCAUCAUUUCUAAGGAGAAAAACAUGACAGUAAAUUUGCUGAUUGAAAAGCCUGCCACGAUUUACCUACAGUCCUAAUAACAGGAUUGAUGCUUAGUAAAUAAAUAAGCAAGCUACUUCAA